CACUCAACCGAACCCUCCUCGUUCUAUUUGCGGCCUCCUCGUAGCUCUCCGCUCUGUCCCGCCGUCUAUCGGCCAUCACAGUUCUCUGCAUCGCCCGUGAGCUUAGUUGGUCAUCUUCGUUUCUGUAUCGAUUGCUCAUCUCCGUUCUCUGCAAUCGGCCUGGUGGCUAUUUGAUUGCUUAAUCCUCAAGCAGGACUGAAAACAGUGUUCGUUCUGAAACUAACCGCAACCGUUUGGAAUUUGCAAAUAUUGGCAAGGAGGUGCAGAGCAGGGAAAUCAAAAACCCUAAGUCCCCAAUCAGCAAAAUAGGAUACAAAACCCGAAAACUCCAAAGAAAUGACAACCACUUGGAGGAGAAGAUUAGGAAAUGUGAGGUCGUUUGUAGGGAAUUCGAUGGGAGGCCUAAGAGGAGGAAGCAACCUGGCCUCCUGGGUGGUGGCUGGGACCUUAGCCUACUUCCUUUGGGUUAAGCCCUCACAGGACCUCAAGCGAGAACAACAGGAAAGGGCUGCUUUGGCCUCUGCGGAUCCACAUGCCUAUGUAGAGAAAAGGAAACCUGUUCCUGAUCCUCAGGAGACUGGUUUGAUAUACGGAAAUAAGAAUAGAACUCGAAAACCGGAGGAAUGACUCGAGACUUGUAAGUUAACAAGUUACACUAUAAUAGCGUUGUUGUCUUAAGUAGCAGAAUUAUCAAUCGGGUUUUCGUAAUUGUAAUGUUUAUUUAUGGAAUGUUAGCCUGAAAUACCCUUUGUAUAUCUUGCAAUAAACUGUAUACAAGUCCAAUUUUGAAGACUUGUUAGCUUACAGUUCUACAAAUACGACCUGACCAGAAAAGUUCAAGCUUGGGGGUCAUUUCA